UGCAGAGAAAUUCCCAUGUCAGUAAUAUCUUUUGCAGGUGAUUUGCUAAUCCAGGUCACGAACCUGAUUGCUUAUAUAGAUAUACAGAACUAUAUAUAUCUGUGAACACGGUCGGGGGUUAAUUGCAAGGAUACCUACUCAGCAAAGUACUAACAGAAUCAGCACAGACCAGACACCUGUCUUCACCAUGAAGAUAAAAGGUGCCUUUGUGUUCCUUUCCCUGGCAUUUUGCUGCUUCAUUUUAGGAGUCACCACUCAAGGUGGGAGUCAGCCUGACUGCAGUAAAUACAAAACUCCAGAUGGAACCUGGAUAGGAGGCUGUCCAAGGAACUAUGAACCAGUCUGUGGAACAGAUGGCAUCACUUACAGCAAUGAAUGUUUGCUGUGUGAAAAAAUCUCGGAAACUGGAGUCCCCAUUGGCAUAAAGCACAAAGGAAAAUGUUAGCGCAAUGGAUUAAUAAUGGAUGAAUUGGUGUAAAGCACAAAUAGGAGGUGUUGGAAGACCUCUGAGCAAAGACAGUCUCAAAUCAUCCUGUGCACCAGGGGUUCCUAUUGGCUUCCCCGUGUCUCCUUAUGCUUGU